AUGGGUUUUUGAUUAACUAUAAACCUAUGACAUAAAUACAUGGGUUGCAAUUAUAAUCAUCAUUACUAUUAUUGUUGUUGUUGUUGUUGUUAUAUAAGAACCAACAGCUGAUAUAUAGUCAAUGAAUUGUUAUUGUUGUAAUAUUUUUUUCCUGUGGGGGGCAGUAAUUUGCCUUGUAGCAUCUAAACGGCCAAAAACCAAAGAAGAAAACGAAAACGAGGAGGACAGAAAUCAAUGCAGUAUGCAAUCUCCAAACACUGCUGAGAGAAUGGGUCGUAGUGAGGAGCUCAGUGACUUUCAGCGGGGCACUGUUGUCGGAUGCCACCUGUGUAAAAAGUCGGUGCGUGAGAUAUCCGCGCUGUUGAACCUGCCUCGCUCCACUGUGAGCUCCGUGAUUCUGAAGUGGAAACGCGGAGGGAUAACGACGGCUCUGCCCCGGAGCGGCCGACCGCACAAGCUCAAAGAGGAGGACCGCCAAAUGCUGGAGAGAGUCGCGCUGGAGAAGUGUUUGCCCUCGGUGGAAGCUCUCACCACCGAGUUUCAAACUGCCUCUGGGGCCAGUGUGAGCUCCAGGACUGUCCGCCGGGAGCUCCAUGAGAUGGGUUUCCGCGGCCGAGUGUCCACAUACAACAAGCCUAAAGGAGGGGAAAAAGUGGAAAAGAAGCAGGCUCCCUCCAGCCAAGAGGAUCCUAAAGUGGACGUGUCACGUCUGGAUUUACGUGUUGGACGUAUCAUCACAGCCAUGCAGCUUCCAGAGACUGAUAGCCUGUACAUGGAGCACGUGGAUGUGGGAGAGGCUUCUCACAGGACAGUGGUCAGUGAACUGGCUAAGCACAUACCAGUGGACCAGAUGCAGAACCGCAUGGCAGUCCUGCUGUGCAACCAGAAGCCAGCCAAGAUGAGAGGGGUGGUGUCCCAGGCUAUGGUCAUGUGUGCUAGCUCGCCAGACAAAGUCGAAAUCCUUGAUCCUCCAGUUGGAGCACUACCAGGGGACAGAGUAACUUUUCAGGGCUGCCCAGGUGAACCAGAUAAAGAGUUGAACCCCAAAAAGAAGAUUUGGGAGCAGAUUCAGCCAGACCUUCGCACGGAUGCCCAGUGUGUUGCAACUUACAAGGGAGCUGCCUUUGAAGUCGUCGGCAAGGGAGUUUGCAAAUCCCAAACCUUGAGCGACAGUGAAAUCAAAUAAACUAACAGCGCUGCUCGAAAUAGCUCGGCGCAAAUCCCUGCAGCCAAAAUGUUGUGGAAAGCCUUCCCAGAAGCAGUGGAGGCUGUUGAAGCAACACAGUAAUGCCAAUGAUUGUGGAAUUAGAUGUUCGACAAUCACAUGGGUGUUAUAUUCGAGUGUCCACUGUGAUACUUUUGUAGUGAAAGCCAAGGUAAAUGAUUGUGAGGAGUAUGUUUCCCUCUGUUGGACAGAUAUGAGCAUUACGGUUACAUUUUUUUUAAAUUAUGAAAAGCUGUAGUUUUGAAUUUUACCAACGGGGGGCACUACAGUACCCAUGAUAAUGCACAGUAUGUGUGUGGGGAUUUGUUGAAGUGAGACACGAGGACAACCAGCACAUAGUCAUACCGAGCAUGGUAAGAAGAAACGGGGAAAUUCCUCAGCAGAAUCCCAUUUAGUUGGGAAGUAUCUGCUAAGAUAUAGAAGCUUUCCCCUGAUGCAUAGUGGCUGUUUCCACUGAACUGCAAAAAAAAAACCCUGAAGAAGGGGACAGUUGUAGUUAGUUUUGAAAGUAAUAAGCUCAGAAGGACUUAAUUCACUUUUUGUAUAAGGUCAGUUGUUUGUUCUGCUGGAAAUGAGUGUUCUGUAUCAGUACAUAGCCUGUGGAAAGUUUGUUUGACAGAUGUGUCCUACCUAAUACAGUGUUAUACCAGAGAUCCAGACAGUGUUCUCUUCACUGAUCCUGCUUUUGUUUCCCAGGAAACUGAAUACAGACACUUUUGAAUCUGAGAUUUGGAUGUAAAAAUUUAUAUUAAUUUACUGUUUCUUCACCCAGUAACUUUUGAAACCAUCCUGCUAUUUCAUAUUGUUACUCUGUUCUUUAGAUGUUGUAACAGGUUAGUUAAACUUUAACUGUUAUAUAUCCUACUUCAUGGAACACGGUUCUGUUUCUUCAGCUUCCACCAUGAUUUAUGAUAAGCCUGCUCAUCCCCUAAGAGAAAAUGGGGAAAUGUCUUUUGAAGAGCAAAAAUAAACCAACAUAUUUUGGUUUUAAAAGAAGCUCUCUUUGUGUUUUUUUUCCCCCUCGGGAGGAGAGAGAAAACCAACUCCAUAAAAUGCGCAAAAAAAGAAAAACACAAACACACAAAGUUUUUCUUCCCGUAUUUUAAAGGAAGAACUGAGUACAUGCACAUAAAGAAGGGGAUGUGAUUCAGGAACUAAGAAGUGGAACAGACUGUACGAGACUUGAUGUUACUGUUAAUUGUUUGACAGGACCGGAGGGCUGUAAGGGAAUGGUAUCACCGUUUCCUAUACAAUGAAUACUAUUCAUUGUCACUGAGGAAGCUAUAAAUCUUCUGUCCUAGAAGCCAGAGGAUCCAGGGAGUAAUGGCUGUAUAGCUUAAUGUUUCUUCAUUAAUCCUUUUGGUCAUUAUGUAUUACACUAGACAUGACAUCUUCCUUUGUUUCUAAUGGUUGUAAUAAGGAAACUAAAGUUGUUUUUGUAAGCAGUAGAAAGAAAGAUGGAGGCAUUUUUCAUCUCAAGCUGAUGUGUGUGUGUUGACUAACACCCCAGGCUGACAUUAGUAAAAUCGCUUGAAUAUAAAAAGAUCAUGAAGUGGUUAUAUUAAUGUCAUGUCACCUGCCCACCUACCCACCCAUUCACUUUCAUUACAAUAUACUUGUGUACAAAACCCAUAGAGGAAACCAUACUGUAAAAGGUAAUCACUCAUUUCUGUCCCUGCAUCUGCAAUAACAACUGAGGUGGAGGAGUCAAUCCUGUAAAUGUGCAGCCUGUCGUGUCGAGUUGGUGCGGUUUCCCGGAGGGGAAAGUUGGUAAACAACCACUUGAAGCUUCGUUUCAGCUGAGCUGAGUCAAACUAUGAAUAAAGUGCUGCACCCCCUCUUUCUGCAUCCUGUUUUUGAAAGACCACAAAGGGCAGGAAACCCAGCAAAACUCACAGAUGUGUGUGUCAUAAUUAGUGUCAUUUGUGUGAUAUUUAA